CGAAAGCUUUUUAUCGGGUUUUUUCAUAUAUAUAUAUAAGUUGGUUUUCAGCUAUUUUGCGCUUGUCCUGGUGCAACAUGUGGUGGAUGCUGUUUCCCCGAUGGAUUUGGUUUCUUCUCGGGCAGUGUUACACUAUAUUCCUUUGUAUGGACAGCUGCCGCGUGAGAGCAAUGCCCAUGAUGUCGGUGGCAAAGUUGGUGUACUCUCACGCAGGUAUGUGUCCGAAUGAUCUGAACCCCAACCUGUGGGUGGAUGCUAUGAGCACCUGCAUGCGCGAGUGCGAAUCUGACCAGGACUGCGAGACGUUUGAGAAGUGUUGCCCCAAUGUGUGUGGUAAUAAGAGCUGCGUGGCGGCGCGCUACAUAGACAUCAAGGGCAACAAGGGUCCUAUCGGAAUGCCAAAGGGUGCCACCUGCGACAAGUUCAUGUGCUCCCAGCAGGGCUCUGAGUGUGACAUCUGGGACGGCCAGCCUGUUUGUAAGUGCCGAGACCGCUGUGAGAGAGAACCCCACUUCACAUGUGCCUCUGACGGCAUGACCUAUUAUAACAAGUGCUACAUGGAUGCCGAGGCCUGCUCCAAGGGAAUCUCAAUCUCUGAGGUCACCUGCAGGUAUCACCUCACCUGGCCAAAUACCAGUCCAGUCCCUGUGGAGACCACCUUACAUCCCACAACUGCCCUCCAAACCACUCUCCCAACCGACAUUCAGCUCCCUGCCAUACACAGUGGACCCACCAAACAGGCCGUUUUUGUGGGCGAGACGGCAAGCUUCCUGUGUGAGGUGUCUGGAAAGCCGCAGCCCGAAAUCACCUGGGAGAAACAACUGAAAAGCAAGGACAAUGUAUUAAUGAGACCCAAUCACGUGCAAGGGAAUGUUGUCGUCACCAACAUCGGCCAGCUGGUUAUAUACAACGCCCAGCUUCAGGACGCUGGAAUCUACACCUGCACAGCCAGGAACGUGGGAGGAAGCGUGUCGGCACACUUUCCCUUGGUGGUGAUCAAGAGAGAGCCGAAAGAUGGAAAUGCCGACGGGAAUAGCACCAACCUGCCUUUUCCGCCCGCCGAGUGCCUGAAGAGUCCAGACACCGAUGAUUGUGGAGAGGAGAGCAUGAGCUGGUACUACGAACCGAAGAGGAACAACUGCUUUACCUUCACCUACAGUCAGUGCAACAAAAACCGGAACCAUUUCGACACCUAUGAAGCGUGCAUGCUGUCGUGCGGAGGAGAGCUGGCAGCGCCCUGCAGCCUGCCCAGCCUACAGGGGCCCUGCAAGGCCUACGAGCCCCGCUGGGCCUACAGCAGCAGCCUGAAAAAGUGCCAGUCCUUCGUGUUUGGAGGCUGCGGUGGGAACGAAAACAACUUCGAGUCCAAAGAAGCCUGCGAAGAGAUGUGUCCCUUUCCCAAGAACCACAACUGCAAGAUAUGCAAGCCCCGAGGCAAGAUGGUCACCAGCUUUUGCAAGAGCGACUUUGUCAUCCUGGGGCGCGUGACGGAGAUGACCGAGGAGCAGGAGUCCGGCCACGCUCUGGUGACCGUGGAGGAGAUCCUGAAGGACGAGAAGAUGGGCCUGAGGUUCUUCGGUAAGGAGCCGCUGGAGGUGACUCUUCUGAACAUGGACUGGAACUGCCCCUGUCCAAAUAUCACCAUAGCGGACGGGCAGCUCAUCAUCAUGGGGGACGUCCACAACGGGAUGGCGGUCCUGCAGCCGGACAGCUUCGUGGGCUCCUCCAGCACUCGCAGAAUCAGAAAGCUGCGCGAGGUCAUCCACAAGAAAACCUGCGAUUUCCUCAAAGAUUUCUCCGCUGCCCAGUAGACUGGUGCUCAUGAAAACUCAGCCAGAGUGUUUCUUUUUUUUUUUGUCAGAUUACUCCAGGUUUCAGUGACCUCAGCAGUCAAACAGACCGCCAGGAAACACAAAGCUAAUUUAUCUGUACUGUUGGAAGUUUUGUUUUCUGUUUCAUGUUGUUUUCCAUCUCGUUUCUCCUCACACAACUCAGAAGAACCUUUUCACAAAAGGAAUUUGUCUCAUAUUUUCUUUGCCUUUGGAAAUGUUUUGUUGAAUACACUAAUAUCAUUCAUUUAUCUAAUGUGUUCUAAUGUGAUUAGUAUAUGUUUUUAAUGUUUUGAUGGGUAUCUCAAAGCUGUUCUGAGCUCUUCAGCUCUCAGUUAUGCAAUGUGAAGCCUCAGUUUAUCUACAGGAAUCAAAUAAGCUCUUUUAUUACUUUUUUUGUGGAAUUUGUUUUUGAUAAGUUUUCUUUUACAAUAUAAAUUUUGUAUGUGGACUUGUGUAUUUCAUAUUUAUUAUUUUUCUUGACCUUUGGUAGGGCCUUGGCCAGUAACAAUACAUAGUACAAAGGAAUAAUGUAUCGCUGUUAAUCCAAUUACAUACCGAACAAAGAAAAUUUUCAUCCAUGCUAGCUUUUACUUGUUGCUGAAUAAAGGCACUUCUGAAAGUACCCCCUUCACUUCUCCUUUCUAAUCUCUUUCCUCUGCUGGAGGAAAAAUAC